UAGACGUGACAGAAGGUCAAUAAGAUAAAGUAGACAAGCGAGUGUUUGUGAUAGAUCUAAGAACAAUGGACACGAAAUUUGUUUUGAUUGCACUCUGUGUUGGUUUAGUUACCAGCGAACACUGUACGGAAACCAAUUCCUGUCAUCAUACGUCGUGUGAUUCCGGCAGCGAGAUCCACUGUGUCAACAACUUAUGUACAUGUACCGUAACAACCACAUGGACUUGUACUGACGUGCAGACCUGUCUAGCAAUCAACGCCUGGAUAUGUCCUCAGAACAGACGACACUGUAUCGACGGAAGGUGCAGAUGUACCCAGUUCUGAAUGUCUACAUAUCACUUACACACAAAGCAACAAUUUGUUCAUAAAUAUCUUGUUUCCAACCCGAG